UAAAUUAAAUUGCACUCAUGUAUAUCCGGACGCACCUCAUACUCUUUCCAAAUUGUCUCCCUCUCCUUUUUCGUCCCUAAGCUCUGCUUCGAGAUUUCAUCGAGUUGAAUUGAAUUUUGCGGUGUUUUUUUCGCAAUUUGGCACUAGACAAAUGGAGAAAAGUUGUGUAUUGUUGAUCGGGAUUUUAGUUCUGUGUUGCGGCGCUGUUGGAGCAGAAGCAGCUUAUAUGAAAUACAAAGAUCCUAAACAGCCGAUAAAUGUUCGAAUAAAGGACCUUAUGAUGAGAAUGAGUCUGGAGGAAAAGAUUGGUCAGAUGGUGCAGAUUGAUCGAACUGUGGCCUCAUAUGAGGUUAUGAAGAAUUACUCUAUAGGGAGUUUACUGAGUGGUGGAGGAAGUGUUCCGGCUGAAAACGCGUCUGCUGGAAUGUGGGUUGACAUGAUCAAUGGUUUUCAGAAGGGCUCGUUAGCUUCGCGUCUUGGGAUACCGAUGAUUUAUGGGAUUGAUGCUGUUCAUGGAAAUAACAAUGUUUAUGGUGCUACGAUUUUUCCUCAUAAUGUUGGCCUUGGAGCUACCAGGGACCCUAUUCUGGUGAAGAAGAUUGGGGCUGCAACUGCUCUUGAAGCUAGAGCCACAGGAAUUCCUUAUGUUUUUGCACCUUGUAUUGCGGUUUGCAGAGACCCGAGAUGGGGUCGUUGUUAUGAAAGCUACAGUGAAGAUCAUAAGAUCGUUCAGGCAAUGACCGAGAUCAUACCAGGAUUACAGGGAGAUAUCCCUAACAAAUCUCGCAAGGGUGUUCCUUUUCUUGCCGGCCAACAAAAGGUUGCAGCAUGUGCCAAGCACUAUGUAGGGGAUGGAGGAACAAACAAAGGCAUCAAUGAAAAUAAUACCAUCAUAAGCAGCCAGGGACUAUUCAGUAUCCAUAUGCCUGCUUACUAUAACUCAAUUAUUAAGGGUGUGGCAACUGUCAUGAUAUCUUACUCGAGCUGGAAUGGGGUAAAAAUGCACUCCAAUCGGGAACUCAUCACUGGCUUUCUCAAAAACACACUGCAAUUCAGAGGGUUCGUCAUCUCAGAUUGGCAGGGUAUAGACAGAAUUACCACUCCGGCUCAUGCUAACUACACAUAUUCCAUUGAAACUGGAGUGAAUGCUGGCAUUGACAUGAUUAUGGUGCCUUUCAACUAUACAGAAUUCAUUGAUGGUUUGACAUUCUUGGUGAAGAAUAAAUUUGUUCCUAUAAGCAGAAUUAAUGAUGCUGUAAAGAGGAUUUUACGGGUUAAAUUUGUUAUGGGUCUAUUUGAGAACCCGUUGGCUGACUAUAGCAUGACCAAGUAUCUAGGAAGCAAGGUACACAGGUCACUUGCUAGAGAAGCUGUGAGGAAAUCUCUUGUGCUGCUAAAGAAUGGUGAAUCUGCUAACAAGCCAUUGCUUCCGCUUCCUAAGAAGUCGUCAAAGAUACUAGUAGCAGGAAGCCAUGCUGAUAAUAUUGGUAAUCAGUGUGGUGGGUGGACCAUUACUUGGCAAGGGACAAGUGGCAACAUCACAACUGGAGGCACAACAAUUCUCUCCGCCAUAAAGAAAACUGUAGAUCCAGAGACAGAAGUUGUGUAUCAGGAGAACCCCAGCGCGAGCUUUGCCAAGGCCAAUAAAUUCUCUUAUGCCAUCGUUGUAGUGGGAGAGCCUCCAUACGCUGAAACAGCUGGUGAUAGUAUGAACUUAACUAUUCCUGCUACUGGCCUCAGCACCAUUGAAAAUGUGUGUGGAGCUGUAAGAUGUGUUGUUGUCCUAAUUACUGGUCGUCCCGUCGUAAUACAACCAUAUCUUCCGAAAAUUGGUGCACUGGUAGCUGCAUGGCUUCCUGGAACCGAAGGACAGGGUGUUACAGAUGUUCUGUUUGGAGACCAUGGUUUUACAGGCAAGCUUCCCAGGACUUGGUUCAAGACUGUUGAUCAGCUUCCAAUGAACGUUGGCGAUGCACAUUAUGAUCCCUUGUUCCCCUUUGGCUUCGGGCUCUCAACUAAACCUGUUAAGGCUACUUAGGGAUGCUAUUACCAACUUCUAAUCAGUUAUCGAACUGUAGUGCAAAAGGAUUUGAUAUGCUUGCAUAUCAUGCCAAGUAGUUGAUAAUAUAAAUAUAAAUAUUUUUUAA